ACGAUGGCACUGCAAUUUCAGCUGAACUCCACAGUGCUGCCCACCUCAUAUCUCCCAACGUGGUCGUCACAGAAUGACUCUGCGAACUCGGAUUCUGACAGCACGCCUCGCAUGUACACCGUUCCAAAUGUCACCUAUGUGGACUUCUACCUUCACAAGCCCUCAGUGGCGGCCAUCUUCAUCGCUUCCUACCUCCUCAUCUUCCUCAUGUGCAUGGUGGGAAAUGGAAUGGUGUGCUUUAUCAUUUUGAGGAGCAAAAACAUGCGGACCGUCACCAACCUUUUCAUCCUCAACCUGGCCAUCAGUGACCUGCUCGUGGGCAUCUUCUGCAUGCCGACCACACUCGUUGACAACAUCAUCACAGGUUGGCCGUUUGGUAGUCUGGUGUGUAAGCUGAGUGGGAUGGUCCAGGGCAUAUCAGUAUCUGCAUCCGUCUUCACUCUAGUGGCCAUAGCUGUGGAUAGCAAUUUACAAUUCCCCUAAACUUCUUUCUCUCUUUCUCUCAGGUUUCGCUGCAUUGUCUAUCCCUUCAGGCAGAAGAUAACUAUCUCCACCUCUUCUUUGAUCAUUGUGAUUAUUUGGGUGCUGGCCAUCUCCAUCAUGUGUCCAUCGGGGGUCAUGCUCCAGGUGACCAGGGAGUACAGAGUCUCCAUUCUUCUUGGCAAUGGCAAUGAAACACGGACAUUUUACUGGUGUCGUGAAAACUGGCCCAACCAGGAGAUGCGUAAAAUCUACACUACUGUCCUCUUCGCCAACAUCUACCUGGCACCUCUCACCCUCAUUGUCAUAAUGUAUGCCCGCAUUGGCGUCACAUUGUGCAAGACAUCGGUGCCAGCUUCACGGGGGCACUCGAGCUCGGGGGGCGGCGGUAGGCAUGAGAGCAGGCAGAUGGUGUCGAGGAAAAAGAAGAGGGUGGUGAAGAUGCUGGUGAUUGUGGCCCUCCUCUUCAUCCUCUCCUGGCUUCCACUGUGGGCGCUGAUGAUGCUGAGUGACUAUGCCAGUCUGACGGAGUGGCAGCACCGCAUCAUAAACAUCUAUGUGUAUCCCCUGGCGCACUGGCUGGCCUUCUUCAACAGUAGCAUUAACCCCAUCAUCUAUGGCUUCUUCAAUGAAAACUUCCGCCGGGGGUUCCAGGCUGCUUUCAAAUUCCAGCUGUGCUCUGAGGGCAUGGAGCGAGGGAACACCUACUCACACAGGGUCCAGGGGAACGCUGUGCUUCCAGAAAACCCACAGGUUCCCAAAGGGCUGGUGCCGGGGUCAGGGCGGAGGCGGGCCAAUGGGAAGAGCCUGGGGCAGAACAGCAGUCAGUCAUCAGGGAGGGGCCAGGAGCAGGACCUCAUCAUGGAGGACCUCGAAAAGGUACGUAAAGAUCAGAUUCAUGGGUGAGUGGAUCUACUUAGGCGACAG